AUGAAGAAAAGUGCCUACCAUAGGAGCACUUAUUUGUCAAAAAACUUUGCGAAUCCAUCUGAAAGUAGCAAUAACUUCCCUCUCGAUCAAAUUCGACACCAGCAUCGUCGAGAGUCAAGCCGAAUCGACCUCCGAGAUUUCUCCGCUGACUCCUCCAGAAAACGACCCUGUCGAAGAAAAUGCGGAAGAGCCGCUCUUCAAAUUCCUCCUAAGCUUCGCGAAAUGACGGACACCUUCGACCCGUACAUUUCCGACAUUGAUCAUUACUCCCUUUCGCUGCCGAAUAAAGUUACUUGCUGCUCGACUGCGUUUAACAAAAAGUUUCUCGCCUGCUGUAGGAGUGACAGCAUUACCACCUUGGUCGAUGUAAAACGCAAGGUCAAGAUCGACCUCAAAUCUCACUCUGGCCCCGUUUUUGCGUCCACCUUUCUCCGCCACAGCGAUUAUCUCCUCACUGGCGGCAGAGACAGAACAGUUCGGCUGUGGAACACGUCCGAAUUCAUCAAUUCUAGAGAAGGCGCCGUCUCCCUCGACUUUAUCUACCGCGGCCACACGUCACAUGUCACUGAUAUUGCUGCUUCCUCGCUUGAUCUUUACUUUGCUACUGCCUCGGACGAUACUACUGCUCGAUUGUGGAGAAUCGAAUCUGAUCAAAACUUACGAGUGUUUGUUGGACAUUUAGACGCUGUCAACACGGUGGCCUUCCAUCCGAACUCGAACUACGUUCUGACAGGCUCUGAUGAUGGAUCCGUGCGUCUGUGGGACGUGAACACUGCCAAAUGCCAGCGCGUUUUUGGAAUCGAUCCAAAAGGCGAACAAGGAGGCCUCGAAACAGCAGUCCUGUCUGUUUCAAUGAAUCCCAACGGCCGUGAAGUGGCGGCCAGCUAUAGAGACGGAACGAUACGCGUCUACGACCUCAAAGAAGCUCGAGCAACGCUAGAAUACGCAACCACUCAAGUCGCAACGCAGCUUUCUUACAACGCCGAUGGAUCCCUUCUCGCGUCGAUUUAUGACGAAGCCCUGCGAAUUUGGAACUCAGAAAAGGAAGUCUGUAAAUUGCAGCCGAAAUUUAACAUUUCCGAAUUCGAAAAUGAUGAAAACGAAGCGCAGAAUGAACUCAAGAAAUCAUUGGUAUCUGUUUAUUUUGAAGGCACGGGAGAUUUGACACUGAUUUCUUCAUGA